AUGACUGCUCCUCCACCUGCCCCACCUAAGAGCUUGCUAGCUCGCCAUCGAGUACUAGCCCCUACAGCUGCCGUACACGUCAGCCCGAUAUGUCUAGGUGCCAUGAACUUUGGCAACGCCUGGAAGAACAUACUGGGCGAAUGCAACAAGGAGACUGCUUUCGAAAUGCUCGAUUACUUCUAUGAGCAGGGCGGCAACUUCAUUGAUACGGCAAAUGGCUAUCAAGCCGAAGAAUCAGAGACAUGGCUGGGCGAGUGGAUGGCCAAGACUGGACGGAGAGACGAGAUAGUCCUCGCGACCAAGUACUCCUCCGGAUACAAGAAUACCUCCGCGCCCGGGUUGAUGCAGUCCAACUUUGGCGGCAACUCGGCCAAGAGUCUACACGUCUCCGUGGAAGCCAGUCUGAAGAAGCUGCAGACCUCCUACAUCGACUUGCUCUACGUACACUACUGGGACAUGCACACCUGCAUCCCCGAAGUAAUGCAGUCCCUCAAUCACCUUGUCUCCUGUCGCAAAGUCCUCUACCUCGGCAUAUCCGACACUCCCGCCUGGGUUGUCGCAAAAUGCAAUGCCUACGCCCGUCAGUACGGCCUGCGCCAAUUCAGCGUAUACCAAGGGAAAUGGUCCGCCGCCGAACGCGAUUUUGAGCGGGAUAUCAUACCUAUGUGCAUGGACGAAGGGAUGUCACUGGCGCCGUGGGGCGCGCUAGGGGGUGGGUAUUUCAAGCCGAAGGAGCAGAUUGGGAAAGAUGGGGGGAGGAAUUUGCCACAUGUGAAAGCGCAAAAUGCUGAGCAGGUGUCUGAUGCGCUGGAUAAGAUUGCCAAGAGAAAAGGGACACUGGUUACGAGUGUGGCGUUGGCUUAUGUGAUGCAUAAGGCGCCGUAUGUGUUCCCGAUUUGUGGUGGGAGAAAGGUGGACCAUCUCAAAGGCAACAUUGAAGCACUGGGACUGCAGCUCAGUGAGGACGAUAUGCAAGAGAUUGAGCAAGCAUAUCCCUUCGACGUUGGGUUUCCACACAACAUGCUGGCUGGCGGACCAAAUGCUGCGAAAGGGCCGCAAGACAACGUGAUUUCGAAGAGGCUGGGCCACAUAGACUACGUAAAAGCUCCGCAGCCAAUACCACCGCAAGAGCUAUAG